GGGCCCGCGCCGACAUGGGCUGCUUCUGCGCCGCGCCGGAGGAGUUCUACUGCGAAGUUCUGCUCCUGGACGAGUCCAAGCUGACGCUCACCACGCAGCAGCAGGGCAUCAAGAAGUCAACCAAAGGCUCCAUUGUCCUGGACCACGUAUUUCGGCACAUAAACCUUGUGGAGAUCGACUUUUUUGGAUUGCGGUACUGUGACCGAAGUCAUCAGACGUACUGGCUGGAUCCUGCAAAAUCCCUUGCUGAACACAAAGAACUGAUCAACACUGGACCUCCAUAUACUUUGUACUUUGGUAUUAAAUUUUAUGCUGAAGAUCCGUGUAAGCUUAAAGAAGAAAUAACCAGAUACCAGUUUUUCUUACAGGUGAAGCAGGAUGUUCUCCAGGGCCGGCUGCCAUGCCCUGCCAACACGGCUGCUCAGUUGGGUGCAUACGCCAUGCAAUCUGAGCUUGGAGAUUACGACCCGUAUAAGCACACUGCAGGAUAUGUGUCUGAGUAUCGGUUUGUUCCUGAUCAGAAGGAAGAACUUGAAGAAGCCAUUGAGAGGAUUCAUAAAACUCUGAUGGGUCAGACUCCCUCUGAGGCAGAGCUGAAUUACUUGAGGGCUGCCAGAUCCCUGGAGAUGUAUGGUGUUGACCUCCAUCCUGUCUAUGGAGAAAACAAAUCUGAGUAUUUCUUAGGAUUAACUCCAGUUGGAGUUGUUGUAUACAAGAAUAAAAAGCAAGUGGGGAAGUAUUUCUGGCCUCGGAUUACAAAGAUUCACUUCAAGGAAACACAGUAUGAGCUCAGAGUACUGGGAAAAGAUUGCAAUGAAACCUCAUUUUUUUUUGAAGCUCGAACUAAAAGUGCUUGCAAACAUCUCUGGAAGUGCAGUGUGGAGCAUCACACAUUCUUUAGAAUGCCAGAAAAUGAAUCAAAUUCAUUGUCAAGAAAACUCAGCAAGUUUGGAUCCAUAAGUUAUAAACACCGGUAUAGUGGCAGGACUGCAUUGCAAAUGAGUCGAGAUCUUUCUGUUCAACUUCCCCGGCCAGACCAAACUGUGACAAGAAGUCGAAGCAAGACAUACCCUAAGAGAACAACCCAAACCCAGCCAGCUGGUAACAUCAGUCGGGUAUCUGCAAACAUGGAAAAUGGAGAAAAUGAAGGAGCAACUAAAAUUAUCGCACCUUCACCAAUAAAAUGCUGUAAGAAAGCAAAGAAUGAAAAUAGCCCUGAUAGCCAAAGAAGCAAGUCACAUGCACCAUGGGAAGAAAAUGGUCCUCAGAGUGGACUCUACAACAUCCACAGUGACCGCACCAGGUCCCCGAAGUUCCCUGCCACACGGCCCCGGAACCCGUCCUGUGGGAGUGAGGACUCCGCACGUCCGACCAGGAGAAGGAAAGCCCACAACAGUGGUGAAGACUUUGAUCUAAAGCAAAGGAGGAGGUCGCGCUCACGCUGUAAUACAAGCAGUGGUAGUGAAUCAGAAAAUUCUAACCGAGAACACCGGAAGAAGAGAAAUAGGCUGCGGCAGGAGAAUGACCUGGUGGAUUCGGCGCCCCAGUGGGAAGCUGUAUUAAGGAGACAAAAGGAAAAAAUCCAAGCGGACCCCAACAACCGCAGGUCCAGGCACAGAUCUCGCUCGAGAAGCCCUGAUGUUCAAGCGAAAGAAGAGUUAUGGAAGCAUAUUCAAAAGGAACUUGUGGAUCCUUCUGGACUGUCAGAAGAACAAUUAAAAGAAAUUCCAUACACUAAAGUUGAGACACAAGGGGACCCUGUCCGCAUCAGGCACUCACACUCCCCGCGGAGCCACCGCCAGCACCGCAGAUCCCAGUGCUCCGACGGAGAACGCUCAGUCCUCUCUGAGGUCAAUUCCAAAAUGGAUCUUGUCCCUCCACUUCCUGUGACCCGGUCCUCUGAUGCACAGGGCUCUGGGGACUCCACCGUCCAUCAGAAAAGAAACGGAUCUAAAGACAGCCUGAUUGAAGAAAAAUCUCAGACGUCUACAAGCAAUUUGUCUGGAAAACACACAGUAAAAACAGUAAAAACAAUCCAAGCUUCACGACUCAAGACUUGACAUCAGUAAAGGAUUUGGGAGUGGGAAGGGUAUGCCACCUUGAUUUGAAGCUGUGAAUUUAAUUAUUCAAGUUAUCUUGGACCUGUGCAAGUUAUUUUUGCAG